AUGGACCCAGGAUCCUCGCUAGAUGAUAUUGCCCCGAUUGCCAUUCUUAUGGAUGAGCUUCGGUCAGAGGACGUCCAGCUGCGCUUGAACGCCAUCCAUCGGAUAUCGACGAUUGCGCUCGCACUGGGCCCCGAACGCGCACGCGAUGAGCUGAUACCCUUCCUGCAAGACUCGGUGGACGAUGAGGACGAGGUCCUGCUGGCGCUCGCGGAAGAGCUCGGCCGCAAUUUCGAGGAAUACAUUGGCGGACCGGAGUUCGCGCACGUCUUGUUGGGUCCUUUGGAGAACCUGUCUGCGGUGGAGGAAACGCUGGUCCGCGACAAGGCCGCGGAGUCGAUCACCAAAAUAUCCAGUGUCUUGAACCAGGCACAAGUCGAGCAAUUCUACAUCCCCCUCGUGCAGAGGCUCUCCCACGGCGAGUGGUUCACGUCCCGCACGUCGUCGUGCGCACUCUACGCGCCCGUAUACGACAAAGUCGCCCCCACCGUGCAAGAUGACCUCCGCCGCGCAUUCGCCGCGCUCGCCGCGGACGACACGCCCAUGGUCCGCCGAGCGGCCGCGAAAUCGCUCGCGCCGCUCAUCAAGAAGCUUUCCAAGCAACAUGUCCUGACCGACGGACUCGCCAUGUACAGGAAGCUCCAAGCAGACGACCAGGACUCCGUCCGUCUGUUGACGGUGGAGGACUUGAUCGCACUCGCGCAGCAGCUCUCGCCGCCGGAGGUGAAGACGCAGCUCUUGAAGCAGAUCAGGCAGACGAUGACGGACAAGAGCUGGCGGGUGCGCUACAUGGCUGCGAGCCACUUCAAUGAGCUCGCCGAGGUCGUCGGCCAGGAACUUGUGCGGGAAGAGCUUAUCGGCCACUUCGUCCAAUUGCUGAAGGACAACGAGGCCGAAGUGAGGACUGCGGCUGCUGGUCAGAUCCCAGGCUUCUCAAAACUACUCGAGAAGGAGGUCGUCCUCGCUCGCAUCGUUCCUUGCGUGAGGGACCUCUGCCAGGAUGUUUCACAGCACGUCCGUGCUGCGCUCGCCAGCCAGAUCAGUGGCCUUGCACCGCUGCUCGGCAAAGACGCCACCAUCGAGCACCUCCUCCCCUUGUUCCUGCAUCUUCUCAAGGAUGAAUUCCCGGAGGUCCGGCUGAACAUCAUCAGUAAGCUUGAGAUGGUCAACUCUGGUGCGUCUCCUAGCCACGAUCCAGAGGACGGUGUUGGUGACGCACAGGAUGGCGCUACAGUGAUUGGUAUCGAGCUCCUGUCCGAGAGCCUGCUUCCCGCGAUCGUCGAGCUCGCGGAGGACAAGUCAUGGCGCGUUCGCCAGGCCAUCAUCGAAUAUAUCCCCCUCCUCGCCAACCAGCUCGGCAAGGCGUUCUUCGACGAGUCGCUCGGCAACUUGUGCAUGUCCUGGUUGGGCGACAACGUCUACAGCAUCCGCGAGGCCGCAGCGAUCAAUUUGAAGAAGUUGACCGAGGUCUUUGGCGUCGAGUGGGCAAAGGAGCAGAUUGUUCCGAAGGUGGUGGGGAUGGGACAACAUCCUAACUAUCUUUAUCGUAUGACUACUGUGCAGGCCAUCAUGACGAUCGCGCCGUCUCUCACGCUUGAGAUUGUUCGUGGCGAUAUCCUCGAGAUGUUGCUUCAGCUUGCGGGUGACCCGAUCCCCAACAUCCGGUUCAAUGUCGCCAAAGCCCUGGAGACUACCGCCGUUUCCAUCGGCGACACACCCGAGGGCGCACAGCUCGUGCAGCAGAAGAUCGUGCCCGUCCUGGAGGCGCUGAAGAACGACCAGGACGCCGAUGUCCGGUUCUUUGCCACACGGGCGGCCCAGAAAGCCCAGGCUUUGGAAGCUUGA